CUGCGCUCCGGUGACACACAGCCGUACUUCUGAGGGGGGGUACUUGUGAGCGGAAAGGGGCAACGUGAGCUCCACACUAUCGGUGCGACUCGUUAUAUCGGCACUGAACUGAGUUUAGGGCGUGCUAUAAGUGUAAACAGGCCGAGUAUUGACCACCGAUAGUAAACUGAACUUUUCCGAGACCCAAAGUUGUCAGGCAGCGCAUCUUGCACGCAUGCGCAUCCUUCUAUCCAGCUCUAAAUAAGAGUUAAAACAGAAACGAGGUUGGGGAUAUCAUAGGAGUGGGAAUGACCGACACACCACCCAGUGAUGGUCCCUCCAAGGGUGCUGAGUUUGAUAUGAUGGGUGCUCUGGACUGGAAGGACGGUAUUGCCACGCUGCCAGGCAGUGACAUCAGGUUUCGCAUGACAGAGUUCGGGACUCUUGAGAUCGUCACAGACCUAGAGGUCAAAGGGCAGAAGGCAGAGCCUGAGACCUUGGACCCAGCUCAGUCGCACACUCCUACCCCUCCACCAGAGAGCCAAUUGCAGACUGGCAAGGACACAGCUCCAGCCAAUCAGAGUGAGCCAGGAUCCUCUAAAGGUAAAGGCCCCGGUCCUGUGCUUCUGUCUUUAGAAGAGGGUCCUAGUACGGAGGGCCCUAGUGUGGAAGUUGGUCCCAGUGUUGAGGUUGGCUCUAGCGCAGACGGGGCCCAAAAUGGAGAGUUGUCCAGGUGCCGGGCCUGUGGCGGCCGUGUUCUCCGAGACGCCCUCCUUCAGGGCAAAUUCUGUAGCUCCAUUUGUGCGCAGCCCUCCAGUGGCAGAUCGUCCCCAGGGGAAGCGAGGGAGAGUCAAGCAGUGGAUGGGGAGAAGCUGGGUAAGCGUGUGCGCAAAAAGAGGAAGAUCUAUAUGGAUUCUGGUGAUGAAGAGGAAGACAACCAAGAGGAACCAGAGGAAAAGGCCAAAACUACCAAAGGCAGGAGAGGUGCCAAAAUUGCCAAACUGGGGACCGCCCCAGCCAAUAAGAAACGGGCAUGGAGCUGGCCUUCUUACUUAGAAGAAGAGAAGGCCAUCGCUGCUCCGGUUAAACUAUUCAAAGAGCACCAGUCACUUCCUCAAAGCAGGAACAGUUUUAAAGUGGGAAUGAAGCUGGAGGGGCUGGACCCGUCUCACCCGUCCCUGUUCUGUGUACUCACUGUUGCAGAGAUACAAGGCUAUAGGGUAAGGCUCCACUUUGACGGUUACCAAGAAUGCUAUGACUUCUGGGCCAACGCCGACUCGUGGGAUAUGAAACCAGCCGGCUGGUGUGAGAAGAAUGGGCAUAAGUUAUUGUUGCCUAAAGGUUGUAAGGACGGAGAGUUUAACUGGAGCAUGUAUGUGAAGAACUGUCGGGGUCAGCUGGCCCCCAAACACCUUUUCAAGAGUCUCAACACAUCUGUUACUCCGUCUGGAUUUAGAGCCGGGAUGAAGCUGGAGGCGAUUGACCGGAAGAACCCAUCUUUGAUCUGUGUAGCAACCAUUGCUGCUGUUGUUGACAACCGGCUGCUCAUCCAUUUUGACAACUGGGAUGACACAUAUGAUUAUUGGUGUGACGCUAGCAGUCCAUACAUCCAUCCUGUAGGAUAUUGUGAAGAGGCUGAGCUCACUCUGACCACUCCAGCUGGUAAGACCCAGACCAAGACACACGUGGAAUAUAAGCAACCCAAGAGCUUCUCGUGGGAGAAAUACCUGGAAGAGACGGGCACACAGGCUGCUCCUGCCCGCGCUUUUAAACCGCGACCUCCACACGGCUUCCAGCUGGGGAUGAAAGUGGAAGCUGUGGAUAAGAGGAACCCCAUGCUCAUCCGUGUGUCAACAAUAGCAGACACAGAGGACCACCGGCUAAAGAUUCAUUUUGAUGGCUGGAGCUCAGAAUAUGACUAUUGGGUGGAGACCGACUACCCUGAUUUACACCCUGCAGGGUGGUGUCUGAAAACCGGACACCCGCUACAAUACCCUAACGGCUCCAGUGAUUUAGUAACUGCCCCAGGACAAGGUUGUCCCACCCCAGGAUGCAACGGGGUUGGCCAUAUUCGAGGACCUCGCUAUGGGACCCACUACACUCAGGUGAGCUGUCCCUAUUCGGAGAUGAAUCUGAACAAGGAGGGCUUGCCGCCGGACCGCCUCAGUGGAGAACGCCCUCUCGCCCUCAGUGGGCCUCAUCCACGGGGGCGCCGCCCCGAUCCUCAAACAAACACCACAACACAGGCCUCCUCAGCAGCGGACCCGCCGGAAGGAGCUGAAGACUCCCAGAACAGGAAACCGUUGACGAUGGAGGCUGAGCGUUUAGGACGUAACACUCAGCCAGAGCCACCGGGUGGAGCCAGUGAGCAGAGCCACAACGGAACGAGGCCUAAACGGACUGCUCCAGUUCCCAAAUACCUGAAAAUGCACUACGUCAAAGAGGAGAUUGAUGACAGUCAAGGUGCGUGUGAAUCCUCUGCAGACGCCAUCUCCCUCCAGCAGGCCCUCCACGAGUCUGUGUUUCCCCCCGGCCUCUCUGCCUCCCCCCCCCACCGGGUGGCUCUCUGCUGGGACAAACACUGCCAGCUGCUGCCCGAGGUCCUGGGGCUGACUGCCAAGAGAGUGGCCACUUGGAGCGCUGAGGAGGUGGCCACUUUUGUCAAAGGACUUCCAGGAUGUAAAGAACAUGCUGCUACGUUUAAAACGGAGCAAAUCGACGGCGAGGCCUUCCUGCUGCUCACCCAGGCGGACAUCGUCAAGAUCCUGUCCAUCAAGUUGGGACCGGCCCUGAAGAUCUACAACUCCAUCCUCAUGUUGAAGAACGCGGAUGAGGAGUAAGACCUGACCCCAAAGACUGACGAGGAAUCCCCCCCUCCCUCCCCUUGGCCCCGGAGCUCCGGCUUCAUCAACGCUCCGCUAGAAGACGUUUGAUCAAAUCAUCCAGACGAGUUUCUUCUGUCGAGCUCACGUCGUCACAGAAAACCCUCCGGCCCGCCCCGACUCCUUCCUCUCCAUUGUGGACAGAACUGAUCAACCUGAGGGCGAGUUUUACAUGAUACCAUUAUAUCGUGUUUGUUUACGAAAUCAUAAAAAAAGAAACGAACUACAGGCACCUUUUUAAUGCUCCUUAAUAUUGUACAGUUUAUUAAUUGGAUUUAGGGUCACGGUUCUGUUGCAUUUCCUGUUUUAUUUGAACUGUAAAUUGGGCUCAGAGCAGAUGGAACAAGCAUGUUUGUGCUAUGUUGCAUUUGACUUUCCUUUUUUUAUCUGCAAAAUACAAUCGUGGGGUGGCGGGAGUUUAAGAAAAUGUGAAACCCAGUGGAAUAAAAGCACUAUGUAGUUCAGCCUUCCUCCUCUAGAUGGAGGAAGUGGGCCGCUCCACAGGCCUGAAGGCAGAAGAGAGUUUGAUUUGAGAUGGCUGAAGCUUAGAUUGAAUGGGGGAUGGUAGAGACGCGUGUGUGUGUGUGUUUGUUUGUUUGAGAAACGGGGAUGUGGUUUCCCACCAGCCCGUGUGAUGUGUUUCUGAUAGUUUUGUGACGAGCAGGGCUCAGGGCUACAUGCUAAAUCAAGGAGACUUGCAGUCUUUUAAGGUGGAAGGAGACAACAGACGAGCUCCGUCCUUCAUCUGCUUUGUUGUUUUUGGGAACGGCACAUGAACAUGAAUGUUAAAACACAGCUUUUAUUGAGUUGAUAUGUUUAGUUUGGUUCAUUCCCAUUGUAAAUAGUAUACAGCUACAAACGAGCGGUCCCUCAGAGAUUAAUCCUGCUUGGUUAUGCAAAGGCUUGACAUCUGUCCACGGGGAAGAACUUUGUGGCAAUUAACUGAAAAAGAAGAGCCUCAAUUCAGACAAAGAUUUUGAGAGAAAAAAUAAAUAAAACAAACAUUGUCAGCGUCUUUGUAAAUCAGCGUGUACUUCAGCAAGUUGGAAUGUGUACUUCAGCAACUGUUUAUAUGCAAACGGCUUUUAUUUAUGUUCUAAUUUAAAGGGUUUUGGGUUCUGGGGAAAGCUGUGGCUGUUUGAUGGAAAGUGUGUGAAUGGGUGAAAAUAAAUGAGAUGCACAUUG